AUGUUCAGACAUACGCUAAUUAGGCUAGCGAUUGGCGCUGGGCGUUCAGUCACGCCGCAUAAACCCACAUACCGCAAUAUGCUACGGGACCCAUCAAAAAAGUACAAGGCACCACUUAAGGUGCCGCUCGCCAGACGCGACUGGCCGGGGAAGACCAUUAGCAGGGCUCCUCGCUGGCUCUCAACAGAUCUGCGCGAUGGCAACCAGGCGCUUUCUGAUCCGAUGUCGCUGGAGCAGAAGAAGGCGUUUUUCCACAAGCUGAUCGAGAUUGGGUUCAAGGAAAUCGAAGUCGCGUUCCCGUCGGCGUCGCAGACCGACUUUGACUUCACACGCUACGCCGUAGAGAACGCGCCGGACGACGUGAGCAUCCAGUGUCUGGUGCAGUCGCGAGAGCACCUGAUCAGGCGCACUGUGGAGGCGCUGCGGGGCGCGCGGCGGGCCACGGUCCACACGUAUCUGGCGACGUCUGACAUGUUCCGCGAGAUCGUGUUCAACAUGACGCGCGAGGAGGCCAUUACCAAGGCGGUGGAGGCUACGCGGCUGGUGCGGAGCCUCACCAAGGACGACCCCGCACAGCAGAGCACCCGGUGGACGUACGAGUUCUCCCCUGAGUGCUUUUCGGAAACUCCGGUCGAAUACGCCGUGGAGGUCUGCGAGGCAGUCAAGGCCGCCUGGGAGCCUACGGAGGACAACCCCAUCAUCUUCAACUUGCCGGCUACUGUGGAGGUUGCCUCUCCGAAUGUAUAUGCCGACCAGAUUGAGUACUUCUGCAAGCACAUCAGUGAGCGCGAAAAGGUUUGCGUCUCGAUGCACACACACAAUGACCGCGGAUGUGCCGUCGCCGCGACUGAGCUGGGCCUCCUGGCCGGCGCGGACCGCGUCGAGGGCUGCUUAUUCGGCAGUGGGGAGCGUACGGGCAACGUGGACUUGGUGACAGUCGCGCUCAACAUGUACACGCAUGGAAUCUCUCCGGAGUUGGAUUUCUCGGACAUCCCAGACGUUACCAGGGUUGUCGAGCGCUGUAACAAGAUUCAAGUCCACCCACGAACCCCGUACGGUGGCGAUCUCGUGGUAUGCGCAUUCUCUGGCUCCCACCAGGACGCCAUCAAGAAGGGGUUCGCCUACCGCGAUCGCGCACGCGAACCGCACUGGCGCAUGCCAUACCUCCCACUCGACCCAGCAGACGUCGGCCGCGACUACGAGGCUGUCAUCCGCGUCAAUUCACAGUCUGGCAAGGGCGGCGCGGCCUGGAUCAUCCAGAAGACGCUCGGACUCGACAUGCCGCGCGACAUGCAGACGCGCUUUUCCACCAUCGUCCAGGAUGCUGCAGACAGCGCAGGCCGUGAACUGCAGGCCGCGGAGAUUGCAGCCCUCUUCUCGCAAACCUACAACUACGACAAGCGCCUCUCGCAUCUGGAGCUUCUUGACUAUGACAUCACCAGGCACAGUCCGGAGCGUCGCGAACUGCGCGGCAUUGCCCGUGCUGGCGGCCGGCAGUUCGCGCUUUCAGGCUUCGGUAACGGGCCGGUCUCUGCGUUUGUCGAUGCCCUCAACAACCACCUGCACUCGGACCUCAGCGUCGCGCAGUAUGCCGAACACUCCUUAGGCUCCGGCUCCUCCACCCGCGCUGCUGCGUUCAUCCUACUCUCGUUUACAGGGCCUGACGGUCGGCGGGCUUCGCGCUGGGGCGUUGGCGUCUCGGAAGAUGUGGCAGAUGCCUCCACCGAGGCGGUAGUCGCCGCGGCAAACUGCAUCUUGGAAGCUGGUGGCCUGCAACUGCCGAAGCAAGUACGGGACACAAUUUCAGCUCAGAACUAG